AGCGAUCAGUGAUUAUCAUACUCUCGAUACUCGAUCGACUACCUUCAUUGACUUAACGGUAUAGUGGCGUCAGAGGUGGGAGCUAGCUUAGUUUCUGGUAUGAUUUGUAAACAGCCGACCUAACCCUGUCGAUUUAAAUUCACAAAUCUAUGUUUGAUCCUGUUCUGUAAUCAUUUGUAAAUUCGGAAAAUACAUAAUGAAUGACAGUGAGUCGAUUUACGGGACUACCUUGUCUCAGGAGUCGAUGAAAGUUAUAGCAGAAAGCAUAGGUGUUGGUAAUUUACCUGAUGAGGCUGCCAAGGAUCUUGCUGAGGAUGUCAGUUAUAGACUCAAGGAAAUCAUUCAAGAUGCAGCAAAAUUUAUGCAUCAUGGCAAGCGCCAGAGGAUGACCACACAUGAUAUAGACCAUGCCUUGAAGAUAAAGAAUGUCGAGCCAACAUAUGGCUUUUUUGCCAGGGAAAAUGUCCCAUUUAGAUUUGCUUCCGGGGGUGGGCGGGAGCUGCAUUUUGUAGAAGAAAGAGAGAUUGACCUUAACGAUGCAAUUUCAAACAGCCAAUCCUGGCCUAAAUUACCUCUUGAAAUAACUCUCAGAGCUCACUGGCUCUGCAUAGACGGCGUACAGCCAACAAUUCCAGAAAAUCCUCCCCCUGUUUCAAAAGAUGCCCAAAAAAUAGAAAGCGUCGACCCAACCAGCAAGCUCAAUGCCAAAGGACAAGGUGUUGGCGUUGGUAAACCUGGGGGUGGGGGUAAAGGACAGAAAUUACGAAAUGUUGAAACAGUUCAUGUCAAGCAACUAGCUACUCAUGAACUAAGCGUAGAACAGCAACUCUACUAUAAGGAAAUUACAGAGGCUUGUGUGGGUUCUGAUGAAGCCCGAAGAGCAGAAGCACUGCAAUCAUUGUCUGCUGAUCCUGGACUACAUGAAAUGUUAGCUAGAAUGUGUACCUUUAUUGCGGAAGGUGUGCGGGUGAAUGUCGUUCAAAACAACCUUGCUCUCCUUAUAUAUCUGAUGAGAAUGGUAAAGGCGCUGCUGGACAACCCUAGCCUUUACUUGGAGAAAUAUUUGCAUGAACUGAUUCCAUCAGUAGCAACUUGCAUAGUUUCUCGACAGCUCUGCAUGAGGCCGGAAAUGGACAAUCACUGGGCACUUAGGGAUUUUGCAUCUCGGUUGAUGGCUCAGAUUUGUAAAAAUUUCAAUACCUCGACUAACAACGUUCAGACCAGAGUUACGCGAAUGUUUAGUCAAGCACUGACAAAAAACAGUCAGACUCCUUUGGCUUCACUAUAUGGAGCAAUAGAUGGUCUCUCAGAACUUGGACCUGAAGUUGUGAAGGCAUUAGUUAUCCCCAAGAUAAAAUCUAUUUCAGAACGUAUUGAGAGUUGCAUCGAGGGACCAGUGCUUUCCAGUGUAGAUAAAAAUGGCGCCGGACACAUCAAGACGCUGCUGGUGAAAGUCGUUGCACCUGUGCUCAAAGGGAUGCGUCCAGCUCCAGAUUAUGUGGAAGAGUAUAAACAAGACUUUGGAUAUGUGGGACCAGCGCUUUGCGCCGCCGUUGCCAAGGCCCGCACACAGCCAGCAGUCCUUACACCUUCCUCGUCGACAGCUACCACUUUGACUGCCAACCAACAGCAAGGUCCAACCACAACAACAACAAAACCCAUUGUACAGUCAGUGGCGGCAAGCAGUCCUGGACAGCCACCUGCUGGUCGAACUAUAGUGCUGGGUUCGGGGAGAGGAGCAACAACGCCAACAGGAAGUGGCCAAAAGUUUGUAAUAUUACAGUCAAGAUCGCAGACACCGACAACACCCAAUGUCAAUGUGAACCAUAAUGUGAGCCAGAAUCCCACCCAGCAACAAAAUCAGCAGUCCGGUCUGACUACAAAAACUCAGACUGUGUUUGUGACGCAGCAAAGUGUUGAGAGAUCUCUAAGUCCCACGGAUGACCACGGAUUCCAAUAAAUUGCAAUAAGAGAUUGACUAACCGAUCAAACACUUGAUCGAUUAAUCAACUUAUAUCUUACUGUACCUAAAUAAUAUACUAUUAUACUUUAGUUAUAAAUAAACGUGAAUAUGAGUUCGGCGAA